AUGGCGCCUGCGUUUGCAAUGCAAAUGUGUCCGAACUGUGAGACAGAUGUGCCCAUUGAUACAUCACCGUUGUCAUCGUCGACGUUGGACUGCAUGACGGCAUCUUGCCCGGUAGGGUUAAGGACCAUCUCCCCGGAAGUGAACGAGCGAGUACUACUCUGCAAGCUGAAUAUGCUCUCUGCAGAUGAAUCCGUUAUAAUUAUAAUGGUGAACAGUAGUGAUGGCCCCCCGAACACUCACGUUGGCUGUCAUACAGUGCCUGGGUACGAAUGGGCGGAUACGGAUCAGCAGGGUAUGAUGGAGGAUAACGCUGCAAUUGUGACUGAGACUGGGAUUGGGGUUGGGAAUGCGACUGAAACCGCGACUGAGACUGAGACUGGGAUCGACAACGCGGGAGCGAUUGCGGUUGCGACUGAGAUUGCGACUGCAACUGCGACUGCGACUGAGAUUGUCGGAUACACGAUGGACGGAGACGUCUCAACGUUCGUCGUAAGCUGUGACUCAACAUCGCGAGCAGACGACGACGAAUCAGAACUGUCUCUACGGGACGUGCCGAAUGGCGUUAUGGGCGACGUUUUGUCCGGCGAUUUUUCAAGCCCCCGUGGGAGGGGUAAAAGAGCAGCAGUCGCUGGAGAGACACGUUUCCGUUGA